AUGAGGUGCAUCAACUGCGGAAUAGGCGUACAAAGGCUGCAGAGGCGUCUUAUAUCCUCGCUUUCUGCACACCAUCAAACAAAACUUUCACGUUGGUUAACCAUAGCUCAAACCCAGUUUCCUCUGGGGACAUUCAUUUGUCAACCACGCUUCUUAUUAUUGAAUACUGAGGCUGGUGAACAUGAGAGACUACUGGGGCAUAACAUGGCUUGCCUUGGUUGUGGAAAAUCGGUUCGAAAAAUAAGACACCAUAAUGUCAGUAUGGACUCUCCAUUGCUAGCUGGCCUAAUAUCACAAAAUACUAUUAAUGUGACCUCAAGAAGCAACUAUGUUUGUCAUGUGUGCUGUAUGCGGGCAAAUAGACAGACAGUGCAGGACUUAUCACGAAACUUGCAGGAAUUGGGUUCGGACAACAAUGCAGCAGCCCCUUAUAUUCAAGUGGUUAGCCCACCAGAGCCACCACCAUUACCACCUGUUUUAAGCAGGCCGCUUCAAAUGGAAAGUACUACCAUAUUAUUACCCAAUUAUACAGAAUAUAUAUUACAGAAACGUACAUUCCAUACACAGACAUAAUAAAAUACACUUUAUAAUAAAAAUAUGAAAGUGAAUUAUUACGUAGUUUUAUUUUAUUUGUUCUCCUUAAUAAAUAAAUCAUUAUUCUUUAUACAUAUUGUUUUGUUUUAUUUUAUAAAUAAAUAAAUAAAUAAUUAAAACGCCAUGGUUUUUAAAAGCAAAAUCUUAUUUCGUGCGCUUACGGCCAGUAAUCUGACUAAAGGUUUAGUGAAACUAUUUUCGUCUUGUUUGUUAUAAUUACGAGUUCUUCAUGUGUUUCAUUUAUUGCAAUUUAAUUUAAUAAUAUUCACGAAUGUAAACACCAAAAAUCAUUGAUGUACAUUGAAUUCAAUAACUAUGCAAACGCCCAUACAAAAGUUGGCCAUGUCCUUUAAACUAAUUAAAAAGCUAUUUGUAAUUAGUUCAUGACAUAGUUCUGUCGUUUCCAGUGUAUUGUUUAACAUGAACUGUCGUUUAUU